AUGAGGAACAUUAUACGAACAAUAACGACUAAUGCACGUAGACUGGAAAGUCUUGGACGCGAUUUCAGGACCGACACGAUAACAGCACCAACUGAUGAAAUGCUUGCGUAUUCCGUCAAACACUCUAGCCGUGGUGAUGACGUUUAUGGCGAGGAUGAAAGUACUAGUAACUUUGAGAAGAAGAUUGCGAAGAUGACUGGUAAACCUGCUGCUAUGUUUUGCGUCUCUGGUACUAUGUCUAAUCAAAUUGGAUUGCGCACCCAUUUGCAUCAACCACCACAUAGCGUACUUUGCGAUGCACACGCUCAUAUCUACAAGUAUGAAGCUGGUGGUCUUGCUUUCCAUUCUCAGGCACAAAUUACACCAGUUGAGCCCACAAAUGGGCAUCAUUUACAGCUUAAUGAUAUACAAGCCCAUGCGACACUCGAAGAUGAUAUACAUUAUGCUCCAACCCGUAUAAUUAGUCUUGAAAAUACCAAGAAUGGUCUGGUUUUCCCACAAAGUGAAACAAAAAAGAUAUCUGAAUGGGCGUCCAGCAACAAUUUGAUUAUGCACCUCGAUGGUGCGCGCAUAUGGAAUGUUAGCGCAGCUACAGGUUUAUCUAUCGAUAAACUUUGCCAGCCAUACGAUAGCGUUAGUCUCUGUCUAAGCAAGGGUAUUGGUGCACCUAUUGGUUCCAUUCUUGUCGGAAGUGAAAAAGUAAUCACAAAGGCAAAAUGGUUUAGAAAGCUUUUCGGUGGUGGUAUCCGUCAAUCUGGAUUUCUUGCGGAGGCUGCUGACUUUGCUCUCGAGAAUCAUUUCCCACUUUUACCAAAGACGCACGAACGAGCUAAGAGAAUAGCAGAGGGCUUCGAACAAGCUAAAAUUAGAAUUAUAUCACCUGUUGAAACAUCCAUGGUUUUCUUUGAUAGCUCAACAAUUGGAUUCAGCCUUGAGGAAUUCAUUCAACGCGUCAAAGAUCGGGCUGGAAUAACGAUUAGUUCCAACAGAAUAGUCGUACACCAUCAAAUUACUGAUGAAGCUGUUGAAAAUCUUGUUCAAGUCGCAAUUGAGAUGUCACAGGAGAAGAGAAAUCCAUUGUCAUCAGCGAUCGGACAAUUUGGUCAAAUUUACCAGCGUUUCAAGACUAAUUAG